GGCGCCGCCUCCUCGCAGCGCGGCUCCUCCCGGCGCGGCUCCUCCCGGCGCGGUGCGGCUCGGCGCGGCUCGGCGCGGCGGGGGCGGCCAGAGCGCGGCCGCCGGGGGCCAGCUCGCACCGCGCCGCCGCCGCCGCCGCCGCCAUGGCCCCGCGCUCGGCCGCCGCCCGCCGCCGCGCCGCGCUGGCCGCGCUCCUCGACGGGGAGCCCGAAGCACCGAGGAUAAGGGGCUUGUCCAAGGUGACUUCGCAGCCGAGUCCGGGAGAGGACUCUGAAGUCCUGCCUCCAGCCCCCUGCCCUGCCUGCGGCAGCCGCUAACAUCACCAGAGCUUUCCUCCGCCAGCGCUGCGGCUGCCUCGCGCUUUGCCCCGCUCCGCUCCGCUGCUCUGCGAGCGGCGACCGCUGCUGCCUGCCCGCUAACGUGAACCGGGGAAUAGCCGCAGGGGAGCAAUGCGCUGCUUGAACACGGCCGCCAGCACGCCCGCCGACAGGUCCUUCUCUUUACAGUCUGUUUGGUGAAACAACCAUCUGCAUGCGCUUCUCCCCGGCGUGGGGGCGAACCCGUGCCGCGGGGCCGCCGCUCGGAGCAUGCCGCCCGGACCCGUGCCCGGGGCACCCGAGGUCCCCGGCUGCGCCGAGAGGGACGGGGGCUUGCAGCCAGUCCGCUCCCUGCCGCAGGCCCUGCCGGGGCCGCUUCCAAGCCGCCUGCAUCCGCCAGCGCCCACCGCCGCACUGCUGCUCGUGUAGGGCAUCCUCUUCUCGACGGGUGCGGAGGGCCUGAAAGCAGGGGCUGCAUUAGCAGCCCUCGCUGCUGGGGACCUCCCUGGGGAGGCGUUUGACAGGGCACGUUCUUCAGGGUGUUUUAAAUGAGCUGCAGACACUAAAGGCAGACCACAGCAGGACAGGAACAAGAUCAGCCUCCGUUUGCCCCACACAUUCAAUUCAGGUUACGCUCAGGAUGUUAUGGUGGUGGCAGACAGGAUUAGAGGUGUUGCAAGCUGCAAGGAGUCGCCUUUCCUGUUUGCACAUCUUCUCCAUCGCCCUCGCCUUGGAGGUGUCGGUGGGCAAGACCAACACCGUGACGGCUCUGAAUGGCUCCAACGUCCUGCUGCCCUGCGUCUUCACCACCUGCAUAGGCUUCCAGGACCUGGUCUUCACCUGGUAUUUCAACUCCACAGAGAUGAUCUACCACGGCAAGAUCAAGAGCAAGGCCUCGGAGCCCUUCCUGGUGGGGCGCAACCCCCGCGUCGAGUUCGUCGGCUCGACCACCGGGAAGGACAACAACAUCUCCAUCGUGCUGAACGAAGUGGACUUCAGCGACGCCGGGAAGUACACGUGCCACGUCAAGAACCCCAAGGAGAAGAAUGCGCAGCACAACGCCUCCAUCUUCCUCACCGUCGUCCACAAGAUGGUGGAGACGGACAACACCGUGACGCUCAUCAUCGUGGGCGUUGUGGGGGGCCUCAUCGGCCUCCUCAUCCUCUUCAUGCUGGUCAAGAGAGUUGUCCUCUUCAUCAUCAAGAAGACGCAGGACAGAAAGAAGGAGUGCCUCGUGAGCUCCUCGGGGAACGACAACACCGAGAACGGCCUGCCGGCCUCCAAGGCGGAGCAGAAAGCAGCGCCCAAGGCGUGAAGGCGAGGCGCCCCGCGGCCCCGGCCCGCGAGGAAGCGGCAGGGGGGCAGGGGCCCCCCCGCCCCGUUUGCUUUCUUUCUGAACUACCAACGCUUGAGACGUGUUUCGGUUAGACACGUGCCUGCAACCUGCACUGCUUCUCGGAAACGACUGCGGCUACGGUGGGGACGGGGAGCCGCUCGCGGCGUCGGCCUGGGACCCCGCGGGGACGGAGGCGGCCGCCUGCUCGGCUCGGCGUGAAGGCGAGCGACGCGAGCGGGGAGGGAAGCGGGGCGCCGGACGCAGCCCGGGCUGGGGGCAGGCGGCGGCAGCGGGAGCCCACGUCCCCCAGGCGCUGCCCCCGCCUCUCCCGGCUCCCCCCUUUUUAAAGCUCGGCACUUAGAGCAGGGAUGCCUCCGACGCCGACCUGCCAAGGCUUUAACUCGUUAAGCGGAUUUUUUUAUUUAUAUCAGACUCCCACGGGAAAAAGGCUGAUUGCGUUUCCCUUUCACCCGAGGAAAACUGCGGCACCCCGGCCCCGGGGCGGGCAGGGAGCACGGUCGCGCCCCGGCGAGAGGAGCGGGGCCAGGGCUGCUCCGGCCCGCGUCCGGUCCUGCCACCGACCGGCGGGGUGACCUUGGGCAAGGCACUUUGCCUCUCCGUGCCUCAGUUUCCCCACCUGUAAAAUGGGGAUAAUAAUACUGCUCUACCUCGCAGGGGGUGUUGUGGGGCUUCCCGGGCUGACGUUUGCGCAGGGCUUUGAGGUCCGUGGAGGAGGGCGCUGCAGGUGCAAAGCCGGAGGGUCCUUGCUGAGGGCACGCGCUGCUGGGCCUCGGGGCCACCCGAGCCGCGUAGGCACCCGCGCCAGCCGGGUUUCUCGGGGUCAGUCGGCCGCCGUGUUUCGAAGGGCGAGCUCGGCGGGGAGCACGCCGGCGGGCGUGCAAGCGUGUCUGCGUGCCGCCCCUGCGCCGAGGGCCGCGAAGAGCCUCGCCGGGCUUUUGAGGAGCUGGAGACUUAAAGCACAAACCAUCCUGUUUGCACGGGCUGUGCGGGGCGCGAAGGGAAGGAGUCGAUUUUGCAGCCGAAGGUGCCGGUGUGCUCUGGGAGGUGAUUUGCUCCCUGUUUCGCCUGCGUGUGGGUACGUGCCAGCUGCAAGGCGCCCGGCGGGUCUCCCUGGCUGCUGGGUAGAUGGGGAGGUGGGAGCGAGGCCCCGGGCUCCUCUCUGCCCCAGGGACCGGCGGGACCCUCGGGCAGAUCCCUUGACGUCUCUGUGCUCCAUUUCCCCACCUGUCACCCGGGGACAGCAAACCUGAGCUACCUCGCGGGGCUGAGGCUCCCGGCGUCGCCGUGCGAGUGCCCCGCGCCGCUCGGGUGAAAGGCGCGUUGCUAACGUGCCAUCGUCGCUCACGGGAGUCCGGGAGGAGGACGCGAGGUCCCCCGGUUCCCGUGAGACCCCGGCCCAGCCUUGGAGAAGACCUCCCAGGGGAGAGGACAGGGAGGGGAGGGAGGGAUUUUUUUUCUUUUGAAGAACUGUUUUUAGCUCUCCUAACCUGCCAGCCUUUUUUAGACAGUAGCUGGACCCAGCUCCACUUACCACAGGAUAUGCAACGCUGUACUAUGCAUGGAUUAUUCCUCUGGCUUGAAGGAAAAAACGUCAACCUAACCAGUUUUGGAAGCGUCGCUCUGUCUAUGGGCAUGUGCACGGGUGUUGCAGGCAGCGCCGCGGGGAGGGGGCUGGCGCGGGAGCUCGCGUGACCCCCGCGGGGCUCCCUGCUGCCGGGGCCGGCGCUGCCGGGGGCCGUGCUGCGGCGCGGCCGGCACAGGUGUGCACAGGCGCGGAGAAAUGCCCGCAGCAGAGCCCCGCGAGUGCGCAUGGGGCGCGUGCGACGCGCUCUGGUACCACGUAAAACACAUUUUGCACUGUAGAGUUUUAGCUAGCUUUGCCUUGGAUGAAAUAAAGUUUAUGUUUACUAGAGAAA